AUGAUACAGCAAUUAAAUAACCUAACACAACAUGAUCUAUCUAUCUAUCUAUCUAUCUAUCUAUCUAUCUAUCUAUCUAUCUAUCUUUUUUUAACAAUUCACCCCAAGAAAGGCGGGACUUUCAUCUUCUCUCUCAUUUUCUUUAUCUCACAAUUACUUUCGCUUUCUCUUUUUUUCCUUUCUUUCAUUUUCUUUUCUUUCUGUUCUCUCAUUCCCACCCCCUUCCUUUUUCAACCAACUUGCAUUCCCCUCUCUUUCAUUCCCCUUCCUUUUCAACCAACUUGCAUUCCACUCUCUUUCAUUCCCCCCUUCCUUUUUCAACCAACUUGCAUUCCACUCUCUCUUUCAUUCCCCCCUUCCUUUUUCAACCAACUUGCAUUCCACUCUCUCUUUCAUUCCCCACUUCUUACCGACUUUUCUGUCGGUGCUGCUCGGCCCUUUUCCAUCACAGCACUUAAUUUUUGUCCUAUCUAUCUAUCUAUCUAUCUAUCUAUCUAUCUAUCUAUCUAUCUAUCUAUCUCUCUCUCUCUCUCUCUAUAUAUAUAUAUAUAUAUAUAUAUACACAAAAUGAGAUAG